GGAGCGUGCUAUAGUUGGUGUACCUAAUGUAAGCACUAAAUAUAAAUGUAAAUCACAUUCACUGUUCAGUUCAGUAUUACAGUUAGUGCAAUCAAAUCAUCGACCAUGGAGCAAGAGGAAGCUUCAUCGGGUUUUGGACUGUUUGACGACUGUCCCGAAGGAGAGUUACAUCCUUUACAGAUUGACGUGUUUGAAGAUGAAACCGAAGCGUUGGAUAAGCAAGCACGUUUAGAAACAAAUAUUUACCGCCCAGUGAAGGAGGGUACCGAGUUGCAUCGUGCGAUUCGUAGUGGUAAACAGCAGCGAAUUGAUGCCCUGUUGAAUGUAUAUCAGCUGGAUUUCGACAAAAUCCGCGACUAUUUGGUGUUGAAAUAUCAGUGGGAUCCAGAUGAUCGAAUAUGGUUGAGGAAGAUUAACUUAGUUGCGGUUGACCGAGAUCAAUGCAAAAGUGUGAAGGAUUUUGAACGCAAUCGUGUGGCAGUUGGUGGUUUUGAUUUAGAACGCUCGAUAUUUGUACUUCUUCAGACUCCUGUGGAUAGCGAAGAAGUAGCAGUGCUGCAUCCUGAAUGUUAUGACCCCUUGGAGCAGUUUCGAAUCAUUUGGAAGUUGUUCCCAAAUGGUUACCUGUCUUUGGACUAUUGCACCGAGGAGCACGGAAGAUGGGAGACCUUUGUUGAAGCAGCAGCUGGCAAUGGAAAUAACUACACUAUAAAACGAUUGCUUUCCAUGGGAGCACAGCUUUGCCCGCCUCAGCAUAACCCUUUGUUGCCUGCCUGUUCAUCGCUUCGGAAAGAUACAAUUCAAUACUUAUUGGAGAAUCAUUUUGAUGAUUUCGAUUUCACUCAACGGAAACACUAUGUCAACGCUUUUAUCAUCCUAGCUCAAAAAAAUGAUGUGAGCAUUCUUGAUUACGUUUUGGAGAAGAUGAUCCAGUAUCGACAAAAAUAUUACGAAGAGAGUAAAUCGCAGGCAUUCAACAGUAUCUUUCGAUACGAGAACGACGAUUGUGCUUCUCUUACGAUUCUGACGUACUUGAGACCUGGAAAGAUUUAUCAGAAGUUCGAGGAGUACAUCUCCAAUUUUGAGUUGGAUCUUUCGUACCAGAGGGAAAGUGUUACCAUACUAGCACAUCUAGUGCGGAAAAAACUAGCGUUAGAAUACUGCAAGAAAGAAAUUCGAAAGAAUCCAGAGCUGCUGGGGUUAAAGAACCUCGAUGGAUAUGGACCAACAGUUCUACAGGAAUGCAUUCGGAGUGAAGAACUGGACCUGCUCCGGGACAUGUAUUUGCUGCACCCUGAAGUGAAGCAAUACUUCGAGUUUGAGUAUGGCUUCACAGUGCUCCGCGAGGCUUUAGACAAUCACCGUCACGAUAGAGUGCGAUUCAUAUUGGAACAUCAUAAGGACUAUUUCUUGAACAAUAGGGAACGUUUAGAAGGCAUUAUACUGAACAGAAACAACAUUGAGACGUUCUGGGAAUGGAAUGGAGCUUUGCUUUCAGAACAUUUCCCCGAAUUCAAAGAACAAAUUGAAGAUGCCAUCGAGAAAGCUCACGAACUUCAAAUCAGCAAAGAUCUGGAGCGCGAAUUCAAAGAAAUCACCGAGAGUAUAAAAAUAAACAGAAAGAACGUAUCGAAGUUUCAACACCUAUUAAGCAGUAUUCGUGGUCCCUCGGGAGAAACUAUCUUACACUUUGCUGUAGAAAUCGACGACCUCAAACUAUUCAAAGAACUCUUACAAGUUGGAUGUGACUUAAAUGUAUUAGAUAAGCAAGGUAAUCAUCCAAUUCACUUCGUACGAAGUGUCGAUAUGCUGAACCUGAUCAUAGAUUGUCACCCGGACGGUCGUUCCCUUGUUAAUCGAGUUAACUCAGACGGAUGCUCUGUACUUCACAAGGUCUGCUAUCUUUACAUGAAUUCUUCUACUUUGGUAGAAUUAAUGGGAACUGUAAUCGAAUACGGAGCAGAUGUAAACCACCUUACAAAUAGUGGAGAAUCAGCAGUCUUCGUGACGUGGAGCACUCCAGUCCUUCAAAUGCUUUUGAACCAUAACAUCAACUUGGACGUAGUUAACGAUGCUGGUGAAACUGCGCUUUUUCGAAGUCUAAGGUAUCAAAACACCUGGGUUGCUCGAAUACUGCUUCCGCUUUGUUGGGAAAAACCUACGUUUGCAGAGGACGCACACAAGUACUUAGAGCCCCUCCUGAAAACCAAACGUUACGCCUUCAAUGACUACCGUGCUCUUCUGGAUGACAAUCCAGACAAGAUAAAACUAAUUUUUGACGCCGUCUACAAACACUCACGAGCAGAAGCCACGCGUUUGUUCGCCUUCGCAUGUGAAAGAUCUCGCAUUUAUUUCAUCCAAAAAUUUCUGGAGUACAACUACGAUCUGGACUACAACUACACGGAUGAGUACGGCUACACUCCGAUCAUGGGGCUGCUCAACUUCGAUAAAGAACGACCUGGAGAUCUCAUUCGACAGCUCUUGGAGAAGGGCGUUGAUCUGGAAAUCCGUAACCAAUGGGGUAAAACACCUCUACUAAAGCUGGUGUCGUAUUUUGGAUCAGCUCGAUGGUCCGGUGAAGGCAUCAGAGCGGUUCAGCUAUUGCUGGAACACGGAGCGCAGAUCAACGCAGCGGAUGAUGAUGGUCACACGGCGUUACAUUUGGCAUUCCGACGUUGGGAAUGGGACCUGGUGGAAUUGUUGAUUGAAAACGGAGCAGAUGUGAGUCUGAAAGACAAAGAUGGGAAGAGGCCUUGGGAAGUGGGACCUUACGUGAAUAAAGAGAUUUUAGGCAUGAUUUGGUCCUCGCCUCGAAGUGAUUUAAGGUUGUAAAGUAUUAUUAAUUUGUUACGGAAUGUGUUUUAUUUAUUUCUGGUGCUAAAUGUUGACUUGACAUGACUGUUGCAAUCGCUUAAAAGCUUAUGAAUUACAUUUUUUAUGGGACACACGAAAA